UCCUACCACAUCCUGUACUGACUGCUGAGUGUCAAUCGUGUAUCUGGAGGCAGAGAGCCUGGAUCUCAGUGCCCAACAGAUUGAGGAGAGCGGCCAUCCUGCCAAAGGGGUCAAAGUAGAAGAGUGACUAGACUGGGCCAGGAUGGAACCAACCCAUGAGAGCCAGGAUCUUGAUGAUUCCCUGAUCAGAAGCCCAGUCCAGGCAGUUGCUUGCUUCUUCUUGAGCGUGGCCUUUGUCCUGGGCUUGCCCGGGAACACUGUGGUCAUCUGGACCAUCCUCUGCCGAAUGCGGGAGCGAUCCCCCACUGUCCUGCUCCUCCUCCACCUGGCCCUGUCUGACCUCUUAGUCCUGGCCACACUCCCUGCCUGGAUCUUGGCACUCGCAGACUCCUGGCACCUUGGGCCGUCGCUGUGCCGGACACUGGUUUGGGCCGUGUACUGUGGCAUGUUCUCCAGCGUCUUGCUCAUCACCGUGCUCAGCCUUGAGCGUUUUGCGGCUGUUUUCCACCCGUUCUCCUUGCAGAACCACUGGGAUCGGGCAACUGCGAGCAAGGUCAUCGGGCUGGUAUGGCUGCUGUCCUUGGCCCUCUCCGCCCCCGUCCCCUUCACCACCGACACGGAUCUUUGCCUGAGCCGUGAGUUCUCCACUUCAGAGCAGCUGGUGGGGCUGCUACUGCUGGAGACGUUGGUGGGCUUCAUGGUGCCUUUCUUGGUGAUCUCCACUUGCUACACCUGCAUACGCCUCCGCAUCCAGCGCCUCUCAUACCCGGGCCGCAAGCGGACAGAGCGGCUUGUGGCUGGGGUUGUGGUGGCCUUCGCCAUCUGCUGGCUCCCCUACCAUGCAGUCAACUUGGUGGCCAUUUCUUCUGAGCUGCUGGAGGGGACCAAAGGAGAGCUGGCGAAGAGACUGCAUGAGGCGUCCAUCAUAGGCCACUGCAUCUCCGCACUUCUGGCCUUCUUCAGCAGCUGCCUCAACCCCCUGCUCUAUGCCUGUGCUGCCUGCAGCUUCCGCAGCAGUCUGAGGGGGACCCAGCUGGCCAAGCUGUUUGAGCAGAUGACCCAGAACCUGGAGACCGAGAGCCCCCAGGAGAUGUCGACCAUGGACAAAGGAGAGGUCCAAAACCACGUCUCCGUUGGCAUCUGACCCCAUGAAUACCGCUGGCUGUCUGCAUGCCUGACUCUCUCUACUCCCUGCAGGCUUCUUACCUCAUGAGAUGCCACCCAGGAUUUUUUGACUGCUUCUGUGCAUUAAACCAACAGUUGGAAGGAACAGUUGAGAAUGUCACCAUGUCUCUAAAC